UGUGUCAAGCACUGUACAUACCUGCUUAUCACAGCGAUGGAGGAAAACAUGUACAUGUGAGUGUGACUGGCUACCAGACAGGUAUUCUGCCAAGAAAUAAUUAGGAUUAUACUACUAUCUACCAUCAUCACAUGCAAUAGUGUCACAGAAAAUAUACAGACAGGUACCCUGUAACUCAGUUGUGUCAACAGAAUGGGACACCAACGGCAAUUCUUCACCGGACUACUGAUGUGUAUGUUGAUACAUCAUAUAACAGCCAGUGUAGGACAAACAUCCAAGGGGAUGACGGUUAGAACAUCUGGAACAGGAAAUUCAAGUUCGACUCCAAAAACAACUCAUGUUACUCCAAGUUCCACUCCAAAAACAACUCCAUCUUCCCCACAUGUUACUCCAAGUUCUACUCCAAAAACAACUGCAUCUUCCCCACAUGUUACUCCAAGUUCUAGUCCAAAAACAACUCCAUCUUCCCCACAUGUUACUCCAAGUUCUACUCCAAAAACAACUCCAUCUUCCCCACAUGUUACUCCAAGUUCUAGUCCAAAAACAACUCCAUCUUCCCCACAUGUUACUCCAAGUUCUACUCCAAAAACAACUCCAUCUUCCCCUCAUGUUACUCCCAGUUCUACUCCAAAAACAACUCCAUCUUCCCCACACGUAACUCCAAGUUCUACUCCAAAAACAACUCCAUCUUCCCCACAUGUUACUCCAAGUUCUACUCCAAAAACAACUCCAUCUUCCCCACAUGUAACUCCAAGUUCUACUCCAAAAACAACUCCAUCUUCCCCACAUGUUACUCCAAGUUCUAGUCCAAAAACAACUCCAUCUUCCCCACAUGUUACUCCAAGUUCUACUCCAAAAACAACUCCAUCUUCCUCACAUGUUACUCCAAGUUCUACUCCAAAAACAACUCCAUCUUCCUCACAUGUAACUCCAAGUUCUACUCCAAAAGCAACUCCAUCUUCCCCACAUGUUACUCCAAGUUCUACUCCAAAAACAACUCCAUCUUCCCCACAUGUAACUCCCAGUUCUACUCCAAAAACAACUCCAUCUUCCCCACAUGUUACUCCAAGUUCUACUCCAAAAACAACUCCAUCUUCCCCACAUGUAACUCCAAGUUCUACUCCAAAAACAACUCCAUCUUCCCCACAUGUUACUCCCAGUUCUACUCCAAAAACAACUCCAUCUUCCCCACAUGUAACUCCAAGUUCUACUCAAAAAACAACUCCAUCUUCCCCACAUGUUACUCCAAGUUCUAGUCCAAAAACAACUCCAUCUUCCCCACAUGUAACUCCAAGUUCUACUCCAAAAACAACUCCAUCUUCCCCACAUGUUACUCCAAGUUCUACUCCAAAAACAACUCCAUCUUCCCCACAUGUAACUCCAAGUUCUACUCCAAAUAUGACUCCAUCCAAACCCGGAUCAUCUACUGUAACAGGCACCACACCAGCAUCCAGUCCAGUGUCAGGGAAGGUGACAAUUACGGAAGUGUACUAUAACCUGCCUCAAAGUGAUCACCCUGAUGACCUGCCAGAGUUUAUUGAGAUUUAUGGAGAUAGGGAUCUGUCCUUAAAUGGUUAUACCAUCGUCCUGUUUGCUGGGGAGGACAUGAAAGCUUUCUUGAUUAUCUCCCUUAAUGGUUACAGUCUUCCGCGUACCAAUGCAGCAUUUUUGAUAUCCACAUUCAACGCUUCAUUCGGACCAGAUUUAAUACUGACCAACAAAUCCCUGACAGGUCCAAACGGUGAUAUUACCAUGGUUACAUUAUACAAGAAUGAGAGUUCUUCCUUCACAAUGGACAGUACCCCGUCCCGUGAUGGUCUGGUGGAUUAUGUAGUGUAUAGUUCUGGCGCCUCUGACAUGCCAUCAGCCAUUCGUGACUGGAGUUCUGGAUUUAAGGCCGUGGUCAAAGACAGUCAAUACCCUUAUGAAUCGGUCAGUCGAUGUUUCAGUGAUGAACCUGACAAUCAACGAGCUUUUACUCUCUCUCUUCCAACACCAGGGGAAAAAAAUGCCUGUGACCUCCGAGACAAUUAUCCAACUAUCAACGAAGUUGGCCAUCUUGGAAAACAUCACACAUGUUUCAUCGAAAUCCAGUUUGCCAGCAAAGCAUCACAAGCUCUGAACUCCAUCUUCCUGGCUAUCUACAGUCAGGCCAGUACGACAGGCCACUCCAUACAAAAUGUGACCUUUGACCUGUGGAAUGAGAGAAUCAAUGAGAGUGGCUAUUACCUCUUGAGUGGUAGGUCUAACGGAUCCCUGACUUUGGAUUGUGACAAGACUUUUGUGGAUGGAACCAUUGUUAUAGUACUGUAUCAGGUUCCAACAGACCUGAAACAUUUCAACAAAGAGUUUUCUUGGAAGGACACAUACCAGUACAUUAAAGAUGGCGUCACAUUUAACGUCUCAGCUCCCCUGGAUAAAAAUCUGGCCAAUAUAGUGUUACCUAAGGCUGAGGAAGAGGGGUUCCCUUGGGUGUCUCUCCAGGAGAGGGCAUCUCUCUUCUUGUCAGGACAACAGUCCCUGUCUUCCUGUGGUCGAUCCAUCUACAAUGUGACUGACCCAACUCCUGGAGGGCCUAACAACUGUCCUCUGAUCCCAUCAAUAGUGCCCCCGGUCACCAUGACAACAACGCACCAUACUGUGAAGCCAAAUCAUGUCUACAUCAACGAGGUUACAUACUCCGCCAAAAACAGUGAAGAAUACAUCGAGUUCAAGGGAGAUAUACAGGGAGACUUCAGUCACUACUACAUCAUUCUGUUUAACACCUGUACGGGGAAAAAAAUCGGAGGUGUUCCUCUUAAUCACACCUUAGAUCAGAAGGGAUUUCUACAGUUUAAUCAUACUUCUACACACACCUUCUCAGAGACGUUAAAGCACACCGGCAGUAUAGCUUUGGGAUUGUACACAAAUAAUGUGGCCACCAUCAAUGUCACCCAGGGGCUCUUGGAUGCAAUCGUCAUGAAGACCAGUACGAAUGGAGACUGUCCAUCCUUGUCAUUUUCUCUGAAGUACCUGACACCAAAUGUGAUGAAACCUGUUGUCUUGAGCAAAAAUGACCUUGACAAUGGGAUGACCCUGAGUCGAUGUUCUGGCAACCUUCGAAACUCUACCGCCUUUAUGGUGACCAAGUUCCUGACGGAAAGUACUCCUGCGACAGAAAACAUCUGUGAAACUCCAGUCCCACAUGUACUUCCCUCCAAAACCAAAAGUCCGAAUGCUGUGAUGAUUACUAUAGCUGUGGUAGCUUCGUGUCUAGUCGUCUUCCUUCUCAUCUUUGGUGUCCUUGUCGUCAUUAUGAAAAGGAAAAGAAGAGGAGUCCUACAAUUUCGGCUAGCACUCCUGAAUGAAAACAACGAUGAUGAUGAAUUGUUUACCAAUGCUGAUGGAGGACAAGAUCUGAUCAGCUUCAAUACAGACGAAGAUGCAACUUUUGAUAACAAAACUUACUGAAUGUAACUUGUUUUAUUUAUUUAUGAACAAUCCAAUGUCGUGUUUAUAAAAUCUGACUUAGCUAUCACACUCACCGGGAUGCUUUUGAAUGCUUUACUUCAUAUUAAAUUAACAUGAGUGUUUGGAACAUUAAUUUGUAUAAAGAUAAAUGGAUCUCGUAUCCAAGUAAUUUUAUACAAUUAAUGUACUUAGACGAGGUGAAUAACAUAAUUUUUAACCCAGAGAUUGUGAUAUUAACCAACAUGAAAUGGGUGCAAUACCAUGAACCAUAGGUUAAUAUCCAUUUUAACUGGAGAGAAGACAAUGAUAACUUUGGUAUAGAGUUGGUACCCUGUAUACACUAGCAUGAUACUGGUACAUGUAGACUGUAUUCUCUCAUCAAUUACAGGUAUUGAAAUAAUUGUUAAUUUUUUAAAUUUUAUUUCUUCCUUGAAAAUAUUGAUUAAACUGAGUUACUUGUUUAUAAAAUGAAAAAAAAGACAAAAAAAACUAUCAAUAUGGUUUUCUGUGCAUUCUCCACACAUUUUCUACAAUUAAUAAUAUUUGUCAUUUAAGGCUUUGUAUAAAUCUCUAUUUAGCAGAGCCUUGUAUGGAUGUGUCGUUCAUUUCAGGAAAUUACUCUAAAAUCUAUAAUGCUAUUAAUCGUAUAUCAUCUUGUAUAGUGCCAUUGUAAACAAUAGCCAGACAUCACAAAAUCAAGAUGGACUCCUUGUGAGGUCAAGUCAGUACAAAUAUUAACCCAAAUCAUUAUAGCUGUUCCCUAAUCAUAAAAGCAAUAUUUUACUGAAGUUAAAAUAACAUUUUUAUCACAUGAUUUACCUGAUCUGCCAUGUACUGUGAUAAAGUAUUAUGACUCAGUACUAACUAUUAACUAGUAUUGUCACAUAACAAAUGGUGCUAUCUGAUUUCCUAGCAGGUAACGUGUUUACAUCUAAUCAUAAUGUCAUAUCUUAACAGAAAUGAACUUUAAUACCAGAUAUUUUCACUGAUUUCCCAUCAAUGUGAGUUAGAUUGUGUAAUGAUGAUUAGAAUUUUACACAUCAAGGUAGUGUAGAGUUUAUAGAACUUGUUUUUUUUAAUAAACUGCUAUACUUUUCACUUAAAUAUGUCUCGGUUUUUUAUGCCUGAAAAUAAAAUGUGAUUGUUCAGUUAGUAGGAAAAACCCUCUGGACCUGGUGAGAUGUCCUUUAUAAAAAUGUGUUUUCCUGUAUAAUCUGUAAAUCUGUCAUCCCAACACUGUAAAUGUCUUUCAAAUGUUUAACUGAUUGUGUUUAUAUUCUGAUGUUUGUUAUUGUAUGUACCAAUAUGGAUUAUCUCCCUUCGACUAUAUUAUCAGCUUGGAUAAUUUCUAUUCAAUACAUACAAUUAUGAAAAUUAAUUUAAUUAUUUACCAGCUUGUUGAUUUUUUUUUAUUUUGAUCUAAUUGUUACAUAUUAGUUUGUUGUUACCAAUACAUGUCAUAAUAUUUAUGAUAAACAUAUCAUUUUAUUACGUUUACUGUAUUUGACCUAAUAAGUGCACUGUGCGCUUACAAAAAACACCAAGGGUGUGCUUAUUAGGUUAAAUACAGUAUAUGGUAAAUUAUUAUCUUUGUAUCAUAUACUGCGUGUUAUUCAUUACAUGUAUGAAUUCAUGUGCAUCAAUGCUCAAACAGAUAAAUUCAUUUUUGUGGUGGCAUUAAUUUGUCAUGGUAUAAAACACACUUCAGAAUAAAGGAACAUGUCUUGAUAUAUUUACAUUUCUUGAAACAAUGUUUUAAACAAGAAGCCCAGAGGGCCUGUAUCAUUAAAGGAUGAAUAUAAAUUAUGCCAAAAUCUUUCCAUUAAAUGAUUUCAACAAGGAUGUUGGAGGUCACCAUC